ACCAGCUCAACAAUACUUUUGUGUUUUAUUUGUGUCCCGUAUAUGCUUCCAUGGAUCCCCCAUUCCUAUAUAAAGGGAGCACAUGCAUUCCAGUUUAGACAAGAAAACUUGUAUAACAGGUGUUAGAGAUUUUAGAGUAACCACAACACAUAUCAUCACAAAAUCAUGGCAACUGAUCUUAUAUGCUUGUCUAGACAAUUCUCGUCCUCCACACCAACACUAACAACUAGAUUUCCACAAGGUAGAAACUACACCCAAAAAACAUCACUUGCCAAUCCCAAACCAUGGCAAGUUUUUUGUGCAGUGAGCACCCAAACAACAGAAGAUAGUACUCGACGAUCAGCCAAUUACCAACCAAACCUUUGGAAUUUUGAAUUUCUGCAAUCUCUCGAAAAUGAUCUUAAGGUGGAGAAAUUGCAAGAGAGAGCAAUAAAGCUGGAAGAAGAGGUGCGACACAUGAUCAACAGAGUAGACAUGGAGCCACUAAGCUUACUCGAAUUGAUUGACAACGUCCAGCGACUAGGAUUGACCUACAAGUUUGAAGAGGACAUAAUCAAAGCCCUUCAGAACAUUGUUUCGUUGGAUGAGAACCAGAAACACAAAAUUAGUGGCCUGCACGCUACUGCUCUCAGCUUCCGUUUACUGAGACAACAUGGCUUUCAGGUUUCCCAAGAUGUGUUCGAGAGAUUUAAGGAGAAGGAGGGAAGUUUCAGUGCUGAACUUAAAGGUGAUGUGCGAGGGUUGCUGAGUCUAUAUGAAGCAUCAUAUCUUGGGUUUGAGGGAGAAAAUCUCUUGGACGAGGCAAGGGCAUUUUCAAUAACACAUCUCAAGAACCUAAACGAAGGAGUAGACACCAAAUUGGCAGAACAAGUUAGUCAUGCGCUGGAACUUCCCUAUCACCGAAGAGUGCAUAGAUUGGAAGCACGAUGGUUCAUUGACAAAUUUGAAGUAAAGGAACCCCACGAUGGUAUACUACUCGAGCUUGCCAAGCUAGAUUUCAAUACGGUGCAAUCGUUGCAGCAGAAAGAACUCCGAGAACUGUCAAGGUGGUGGAGGGAGAUUGGGCUGGCAAGCAAGCUGGAUUUUGUCCGAGACAGAUUAAUGGAGGUGUAUUUCUGGGCUCUAGGAAUGGCACCUGAUCCUCAAUUCAGUGAGUGCCGUAAAGCUGUCACUAAAAUGUUUGGACUAGUCACCAUAAUCGAUGAUGUAUACGACGUGUAUGGUACUUUGGACGAGUUACAACUCUUCACGGAAGCUGUUGAGAGAUGGGACGUGGAAGCCGUAAAUACACUUCCAGAUUACAUGAAGCUGUGCUUCUUAGCCCUUUAUAAUACCGUGAAUGACACCGCUUACAGCAUCCUUAAAGAAAAGGGGCACAACAACCUUUCCUAUCUCUCAAAAUCAUGGAGUGAGUUGUGCAAAGCGUUUCUCCAAGAAGCAAAAUGGUCCAACAACAAGAUAAUUCCGGCGUUCAAAAAGUACCUUGACAAUGCAUCAGUGUCGUCUUCUGGCAUGGCUUUGCUUGUUCCAUGCUACUUCUCAGUGAGCCAAGACAUCGCAGACCAAGCUCUUCAUACAUUAAAUAAUUUCAAUGGCCUUGUGCGAUCCUCGUGCGCAAUUUUCAGGCUAUGCAAUGAUCUUGCCACCUCAGCGGCUGAGCUGGAGAGGGGUGAAACGACAAAUUCAAUAACGUCGUACAUGAACGAGAAUGGCACGAGCGAGGAGGAAGCGCGUGAGGAGUUGAGAAAAUUGAUAGACACAGAGUGGAAGAAGAUGAACCGAGAGAGAGUUGUGGAUCGUACAAUCUUCUCCAUAGAUUUUAUAGAAAUAGCAAUAAACAUGGCUAGGGUUUCCCAUUGCACUUACCAAUACGGAGACGGGCUUGGAAGGCCCGACGACACCGCAGAGAACAGAAUCAAGUUGCUACUCAUAGACCCCAUUCCAACUUCCUAUUAAUUCUAUUAUUACGUUACCUUUUUAAUUUCAUCAUGUAAGUAAUAUUGUAUUUGAUGAAUACAAUCUUAACUUUUCC